GUCAUACACCAUGAGUCCGGUGUUAGUCCGGGUAAAUACCUGCUUCCUCGUACUCCGGAGGAAUAACCACUACCAUGAACUACGCGACCCUGCUCGUUUGCCGUUGACAACUGGUGCGUGAACCCUCCUCAAGGAAAUAUAUAGCGGUACGAGUAAAACAUACCGGCACACACGCUGCGCUAGCGGCAGCUUAACAUGCGUUUUGCCGAGAUUACUUGAUAGUAGAUCGGCGCGAUUUGAAUUCGGAACGAUUUGAAAAAAAUACACUUUUAUUUUUUUUGUUUUUGGAGUUCGAAAAAGUUUUUAACUAAUAAAAAUGUUUCUGUGGGUGGUUCUUAUCACGUUGGUGCUAUGGACAGUGGUGUUCAGGUACAGAAGACAAAGGAUGUACAAACUGGCGGGAAAGAUCCCGGGACCCAGCACAGAACUCCCCGUCAUAGGAAUUGCACACACCUUAGCCGGAGAUACAGAGGACAUUAUGUCGUGGCUACAACGAUAUAGCUACGCAGCUAUGGAGCACGAUGGAAUCUUGAAAGCCUGGCUCAAUCAUAUACUGUAUUUUAUUGUGAUAAAUCCCGUCGACAUGGAAGUGAUACUGAAGUCUUGCCUGGAGAAAGAUGAUCUGCAUAGAUUCAUAAGAAACGUUAUCGGAUAUGGCGGCAUUUUUGCGCCAGUAUCCAUCUGGAGAAGACGCCGGAAGAUCCUGGUCCCAGCUUUCAGCCCGAAGAUAGUGGAGAGCUUCGUGGAGGUGUUUUCAGAACAGAGCCAGAAACUGACGAAGCAGUUAUCAGAUUACGUCAGCACAGGCAGCUUCAGCAUUUGGCCAUUCGUCAGCGCGUAUACCCUGGACUCAGUCUGUGAAUCAGCAAUGGGAGUCAAAAUCAACGCCCAAGGGGAUCCGAAUACGCCUUUCCUACUUUCAAUGAGCCGGAUCCUCAACUUGGCUUGCGAGAGGAUAUUCCACCUUUGGCUGCAACCAGACUGGUUGUAUAAGCUGUUCACGUGGAAGUAUAACGAGCAUCAGAAAUGCCUGAACCACAUGCACGGAUUCACCGAUGAUGUCAUCCAGAAGAAGCGAGAGGAGCUCCGCAAUGAACAGACGAAUAAAACUGAAGCUGAUAACGCAUAUGAUUUAAGCAAUUACAAAAACAAAUCGUUCCUAGAUCAUCUUAUACAUUUAUCUGGUGGAGAAAAUGGAUACACAAAUGUUGAGCUGAGGGAAGAAGUCCUGACUCUAACCAUAGCGGGUACAGACACAUCGGCUGUGGCCAUCGGGUUCACCUUGGCUUUGUUGGCGAAGUAUCCCGAAGUGCAAGAAAAGGUCUACCAAGAGUUGUACGAUGUCUUCGAAGACUCGGAUCGUCCCCUAGUGAAAGAAGAUUUAUUGAAACUCAAGUAUUUGGAGAGGGUGGUGAAGGAGUCGCUACGUCUGUUCCCUCCAGUGCCUUUCAUCAUCAGAAAGGUGUUAGAAGAAAUCACAUUACCCUCUGGCCGCGUCUUGCCCGCUGGUUCUGGUGUGGUGUGCGCCAUCUGGGGGGUGCACCGGGACCCCAAGUACUGGGGCCCAGACGCAGACAGCUUCGACCCCGACCGGUUCCUGCCGGAGAGGUUCAACCUCAAGCACUCGUGCAGCUACAUGCCGUUUAGCCAGGGCCCGAGGAAUUGUCUUGGUUAUCAAUACGCGUUGAUGUCCGUAAAGACAGCUCUAUCAGCUGUACUCAGGAAGUACAAAGUGGUGGGACCAAAGGAAAAGACGUCACAACCCCACGUUCGAGUGAAGCUGGACGUCAUGAUGAAGGCCGUCGACGGCUACCAGGUGGCCCUGGAGAGGAGGCAGCCAGUCACCAAUAAAGUUAAUUAUCGGUUGAAAACAGAUGCAAAUUAUGGUUCAAUUGAUGGUAACUGGUUCAAAUUCAACAUAAUGUUAUGGCUACAACGAUAUAGCUACGUGGCUUUGGAAAGUGGUGGAUUGAUGAGAGGCUGGCUCAGCCAUAUACUAUAUUUUAUUGUGACAGACCCUGUUGAUUUGGAAGUGAUACUGAAGUCUUGUCUGGAAAAAGAUGACCUGCACAGGUUCAUACGAAAACUUACCGGAAAUGGCGGCAUAUACGCACCAGUAUCCAUCUGGAGAAGACGUCGGAAGAUCACGGUGCCGGCUUUCAGUCCGAAGAUAGUGGAGAGCUUCGUGGAGGUGUUUUCGGAGCAGAGCGAGAAACUGACGAAGCAGUUGUCAGAUUACGUCAGCACAGGCAGCUUCAGUAUCUGGCCAUUCGUCAGCGCGUAUACCCUGGACUCAGUCUGUGAAUCAGCAAUGGGAGUCAAAAUCAAUGCCCAAGGGAAUCCCAACACGCCUUUCUUACUUUCAUUGAACCGCUUUCUCAACUUGGCCUGUGAGAGGAUAUUCCAUCUUUGGCUGCAACCAGACUGGCUUUAUAAGUCGUUCACGAAGAAGUACAAUGAGCAUCAGGAAAGUGUGAGCCACAUGCACGAAUUCACUGAUGAUGUCAUCCAAAAGAAGCGAGAUGAGCUCCGCAAUGAACUGGAGACGAACACGGAGGCUGAUCAAACCUAUGAUUUAGGCAAAUACCAAAACAAAUCGUUCCUCGAUCAUCUCAUAAACAUCUCUGGAGGAGAAAGUGGCUUCACAAAUAUUGAGCUGAGAGAAGAAAUCAUGACUCUAGCCAUAGCGGGGACAGACACCUCAGCUGUGGCCAUCGGGUUCACCUUGACUUUGAUGGCCAAGUAUCCCGAAGUACAAGAAAAGGUCUACCAAGAGUUGUACGAUGUCUUCGAAGGCUCCGAUCGUCCACUAGUGAAAGAAGAUUUAUUGAAACUCAAGUAUUUGGAGAGGGUGGUGAAGGAGUCGCUGCGGUUGUUCCCUCCAGUGCCUUUCAUCAUCAGAAAGGUGAUAGAAGAAAUCAAAUUACCCUCCGGCCGUAUCCUGCCGGCUGGUUCUGGUGUGGUGUGCUCCAUCUGGGGGGUGCACCGGGACCCCAAGUACUGGGGUCCAGACGCAGAGAGUUUCGAUCCCGACCGGUUCCUGCCAGAGAGGUUCAACCUCAAGCACUCGUGCAGCUACAUGCCGUUCAGUCAGGGCCCGAGGAAUUGUCUUGGUUAUCAAUACGCAAUGAUGUCAGUGAAGACAGCUGUGUCAGCUAUCCUUAGGAAGUACAAAGUGGUGGGACCAAAGGAAAAGACGUCUCAACCCCAUGUUCGAGUGAAGCUGGACGUCAUGAUGAAGGCCGUCGACGGCUACCAGGUGGCCCUGGAGAGGAGGCAGCCAGUCACCAAUAAAGUUCAUUAGUUUGCUAUAUAAUAUUUUAAACUAUUAUGUUGCAUUGCCCGCGACUAGGGUUGCCAGGCGUCCGGAUAAAGCCGGAUAUAGUUAGGCUUUUUGAUUGCGUGUCCGGCUAAAAUAACCGAUGUCCGGCCUGUCCGGCUUUUUUUAUUUGGCUGCCGCGCCAGGCGAAAGAUGAUGAUAGUACUCACUCGUGAGCUCACUAAUUGCACCCUCCCCCCGUCGCAUGUCCGGCUUUUAGGGUAAAAUGUCCGGCCAAAUGAAGCACAUAGUUCG